UGCCGUCAUUUCAAUGGAAGGAAGGGGUCAUCGGUGGGAGUUUCUACUAUUUAAGAUUCACUUUACUCUAAGAUCGCCACAGUCAAAGAUGACGAAGCGUCAAGUUUUCUUCGGACUUUUAGUCCUUUUGGCUGUUACAGUUUACGCACAAGGUGAAAGGAAUAAGCGAUAUGCUUACAGCAGCAGUAGUAGCAGUAGUUCAAGUUCAAGUUCAAGUUCAGGUUCAGGCGGCGGUACUCAAACAUUGACAAAUUCACAUGCAACCGGAGGAGCGAGCGCUGAUGCCAAGGCUGGAGCAACCGCUGAUGGCCAUGGUCAUGGAGGGCAUGGAGGUGGGUUUGGAGGAGGUGGUGGAGGACUGGGAGGUCAAGGUGGGGGAUUAGUUGGUCAUGGUGGAGUGUUGGGUGGAGGUGGUUACACGGGAGGUUUGGGAGGAGGUGGUCAUGGAGGAGGACUCGGUGGUAGCCAUGCUGGUGGCGGAUCUUAUGGUGGUUUCGAUGGCGGAGCAGGAGGUGGGCAUGGUGGAGGAGGAGGAGGAGGAGGACUUGGUGGUAGCCAUGCUGGUGGCGGAUCUUAUGGUGGUUUCGAUGGUGGAGCAGGAAGUGGGCAUGGUGGAGGAGGAGGAGGAGGACUUGGUGGUAGUCACGCUGGUGGUGGUUCCUAUGGUUACAAUCAGGGUGGUUCCCUAGGGGGCAGUCAUGCCGGAUCAGGUGGUUACGGUGGUAAAGGAGGUGGUCUUGGUGGUAGUCACGCUGGAAGUGGUGGAUACGGAGGAAACGGUGGUUUCGGAGGAGGACAUGGAGGAUUAGGAGGUAGUCACGCUGGUGGUAGUGGUGGUUUCGGAGGAGGCUAUGGAGGUGGACAUGCAGGUCAAGGUGGAGGUCAAUACGGCGGAUACGGAGGUUACGGAGGAUUUGGUCCCUUACCUGGACAACCAGGAUAUCAACUUGAUCCCGGAUUCGCACCAGGAACAUUUAAUUAUCCAGGAAACAGACCCCUACCUGGACAACCAGGAUACCAAGUUGACCCCGGAUUUUACCCUGGAAAUUUGAAUAACGGUUACAAUAACUUUGGAGGUGGUGCAGGAGGUGGUGGUGGUGGCGGUGGAGCUUCUGCAAAUUCCAAGGCUGAUGCAUCUGCCGGAAGUAAUGCUGGUGGUCAUGGUGGAGUAGGAGGUGGUCAUACUGGAGCACUCGGAGGAGGUCAUGGUGGAUCACUUGGAGGAGGUUAUGGCGGUAACUACGGAGGUGCUAAUGGUGGUGGUGAUCACUACGGAGGUGGUCAUGGUGGCAACCUUGGAGGUGGUUAUGGUGGAUCUCUUGGUGGUCCUCUUGGAGGUGGUCUUGGUGGUUCAGGAGGUUCCGGUUCUUCCAAUGCCCAGGCUAGUUCCAGCGCCAGUUCCAAUGCUAAUUCUAACGGAAUUAACAUCUUCUCUCGAUUCGGCGAAGGUGAAGGGGGCGCGAAGGAAGUGGCUAAAACCGGAAAUGUCGAAGGAGGAAAAGGUGUCUUCAGCAGCAGUUCCGUGAGUGUUGGUCCUGAUGGAAAAGGAACAUACAGUGUCCAAGCGGGCAAAAUCCCGUAAAUUAUAAAUCAAAACAUUUCUCCUUUUUUUUACAAUUUUAUAUUAAAUCUUAUUUAUAAUAAUUAUUAAAUAUUUGCGAAUAAUUUGAUACAUGCAUUUUUUUUUUUUUUUUUGCAAACCUGUAAAAUAAUAUUUUUUUUCUUAUUUAUAAGAAUUGUAUACUCAAAAGCAGAACGUCAAUGUGUAUACCUAAUAAAAUAAAUUGAACAAUGAAAACCAUGAAUUCAAAUUGAAAACAAUUUACAAUGUGAAAAAAUGAAAAUUCUAAGUUUGUAUAUAUAUAAGAAUUUACAUUAUAAGUACCAUUAUUGUGAUAAUAUUAGCGCCAAUAAAUGAAAAAAAAAAUUAUUCUCAAAA